UAACUGUCUUGUAAAUAAGUCUCGUGUAGUUUGCAUUCUGUUACAACAAUUGCAGUUUAGAUUUUAUUGUACUGCAUUUAUUGGAUUUUCUGAUAUUGACGUCCUUCUCUAUCUUACCGUCUGGACUGUAAAACAGCGAAUUGAAGUUGAAAUUGAAAGUUCUGCAGGGUUGACUAACUGGGCUUCGAUGCCUGGCCAAGUCUCCGUCGUUCUCCAGAGGCGCCGCGGUGUCAUUGUUGAUAGCCUCGUCAAAUUGCCAGUAUAGAGUUUGAUUCGAUUCGGGUGUGAUCGCAAAUCCUGGAAAUCCCUAACGAGCGAUUCGUCUUCCGUCAACAAGCACUUGGUUGAAUCAGUAAGAAACCCCAAUUAAGUGUCUUGUUGGGUUGUCUUAAUGGAUUCGACGAUUAUGGACAAUUAUAGAUUCAAAAGCUGCUCCCUUUUCUCCCUGUUCAAUGAACCGUUUGCUGAUACCGUAGAUGUUGUUUACCCAAAUUGUAAUUUUUAUGGUCCAGGCAGGGUUGUGGGUUGUUGUAAUGGGUAGAUUUUGCAUUCGGCUUUGGUUAUGAUUCUUGCAACAAAGUUUACAGAGUGGUAACUAGCUCCCCUUAUAGUUAGAGAAGAAUGGUUAGGGUAAGGGUGUAUUCGUGGAGGACCAAUUCUUGGAGGAAUCAAGAUUGUGAAUUUGAUCCUCAGUCAAUUUGUUGGUGGUACUUUGAAUUAGCUGUUCAGGAGUAGAGAACAGAUUGUUUCACUUGAUUUAGCAAAUGAGACUGUUGAGGAGGUGUUGCAACCAGAUUAUGAUGAUGGUGUGAAACUAGAAAAGUUGGGGAUUUUGGAAGAGAAUGGUGAAAUCCUGUUAGAUUGGAACACCUAAAAUCUACUUUGAGAGCCUAGUUUCACCUAUAGCUGGCAAUUGGCACACAGAAUGACACCGGUUGCAUAACAGAAGAGCAACAAAAAUCAUAAUCGAGUCUUGAGCUGCUGGCCACUACAAUAUGACAAAUCAUUCCUUUUGGAAGGCCUCUUUUGCUGAAUUUUUGAAACUUUCUCACAAAGUAUUGCAUAAAAAAGUAUGAUUAUGCAGCAUGCAGUUCCAACCAAAUAUGACCAUUAGUGAAUCAGAUGCUGCAAGGGCCAUUAAGAGGGAGAUGCCAGUUGCUCUCUUGCAGGCGUGUUAACCUCAAAUUAAUGAUCAACAGAAAGAGUUGAUAUUGGAUCUUGUGCAAAAGUCCAUUACUUGAAUCCUAAAUUAAUGCAUGGUUGAUACAGAACUGGACAAAGAUAAUGGGUCAAGAGAUGCCUAAGUUCUGGAAGAAGUGAAUGCAAUGGGAUGUAUCAGAAAUGUGUGGCUAAUUUGGAGAAUAUGCACAAAGCACAAUGGUUCAAGCUGAAGCUUCAAGGCCAUUUAAGGGUCAAUUUAGCCCCCUUUGAGAUUUUAGUUUUACUUGUCAACUUGUUCUUAAAUUAUUGCUAUACUUUUCUCUGCCUGUGUUUUUGUUUUUGUGUGUGUGUGUUUUUGUUUGAGUACAUGAGUAAGAAAUCAGCUCAAGUCCUUAGGAAAGGAGUCCCCAAUAAUGUCCCCAUGGAGGAUCAAGCUCAAACCUGCUGGAGGUGUCAUGAAAAGAGUUGUUCCCAGAGCCAUACUGUGGCCUAAAUGCGCCAUAUCCACUGUGUGGCGUCUAACACAAUGGCUCAAUGAAUGAAUUCAACAAGGAGUAAAUAUCAGCAAACAAGGACGAAGUAAUUCCAGUACCAACCGAUUGAGCUCGGACCAAUUGCACUACCAACAUGGAGUCCAUUUCAAGCACCAAAUGAAAAAUUCCCAAGGAACAAGCCAGCCUUAAACCUUCCCUACAUGCCCAUAGUUCCACCAUGAAGCUGGACGCGGUCCUGUUACAUCCCUAUAUUCAUUGCUAUGCUUUUCUUUUCAAAACAUAAAAAGCAGGCUUCUAAGUUUUAUGUAUGAUGCUACAACUCUGCGGUGAUAUUUUUGCUUGGUUUUUUCCUUUUCUUUUUUCAACAUUAGAGCUUAUUUUAAUGCUCUCUUGUGGAAUUCGUGAUAUGGAGAUCUGUAGUGGAUUAGUAUGUACAGGGGUUCAGAACAGCAGAUUUCCCUCGUUCCUGUUAUUUAUUUGAAGGAAGUGGGAUUGAUGGUGUGUUUCUGUCUGAAUUGGAAUUAGAAUUCUGCCAUUCUUGUAGCAGAUAGCCAUUAAGUUGAUGAAGAUGUCGGUUUUAGUUCACAACAAGAUGUAAUACAGAUGUUUUCUGAAC